AUGACAUCCAAAAAGGUCAAACCACUAGCCUCUCUCUUCCAACAAUGGUCGUCGCAGCAACAGCGAGAAUCGUCAUCGGCUCAAGAAAACGUUCCCCAAUCAUCGUAUCGCAUUCUGAUACAGUCCACGCACGGGUUGGCGACUCGAAUUCAAGCCGCUGAAGCAGUGGAGAAUCCUCAAGUGUACCAAAGAGCUGGUGUUCCAACGCCUGCUGAAACAGCAAUAAGGGACAGCCAGGGAGGAUACGCAUGGCUGGAACAUUUGGUUGAGCUGGCACAAAAGCACAAUCAUCUAAUCUGGGUGGCUACCAAGAGUCAACCGUCUCCCAUUACAAACAAGUUAAUUUCUCUUUCCAACGACGAGAACGCUAACGUAACAGUGGUAAACGUAGCUGUGGAUCCUUGGGGAUGGGACGACGAGUUCAAAAAGGGCUCUCCCUCCUUGCACAAUCUGCACCAAUUGUACGAUCAAUUGAGCAAUGUGAUGCAACAACAAGAGUCCAGUGCUGUAUUGGCAUGGGAAUCACUGACACCACUGAUUGCUGUUCAUGGAUUCGAAAUGGCUCGUCAGUUUUUGACGAGUUUUGAGAGUUGCAUGCAAAUUUGGCCGAUUCGAAUCGAACUCUUGACUCCUUUUCAACACUCUACUCUGGAGGAUGACGCUCAAGCUCUAUUGCAUCUCAAAGGAGGCGAAAUGACCAUGAUUCGACAAGGACUGAGAGAACGAGGCAAUAUUCUACGAAAGAUGCUUCCGUUCCGAUUGGACGGUGGUAAACUGGUGGAGCUAGAAGCUGGGGAUUCGUCACCGGAACCUGAUGAAGAAGUGAUGGAUAAGACUUCUGCCGCUGAAAAGACCUCAUCGUCAUCAGCUCCAGUACCCGUAGCUGAUACAUCCUCACGAAAGAUCCAACUGAAAAUGGAGGAGGAUGAUGAACCGAAAAAGGAGGAAUCAAGUCAACCCAAUCGGCCACGAAUCUACCUUCAGGAUGACGAUCCAGAAUUUGAUGAUAUGGAUGAAGAAGAUCCCGAUGAUGAUUUAGAUAUCUAG